CGAAGGAGAGCGCGUGUUCGCACAUAUUGCACAUGUACGUAAAUCGACAAAUUAUCGCAGCGAUAGUUAAUUCCUAUUGAUACAUGGUUGGUUGGGGCUUGAAUAUUAGCAAAUCAUCUUUGUCGUGGAUUCAGAACGAAAGAUGAGUGGCAAAAAGCCACCUCCCCGUCCACCAUUGCCCAAAGGAUACUCUUCACUGAAGAACACUAAAGCUGUGAACACUCCUGGAAGAUUAAGAUCCGCGCUUGCUUCUAUUUCUAUUCGUUAUAACCCUACGACUGCUGCUACCAAGGACUCGGACUCCGAGGAAGAGAUUUAUAUUGUGCGUAAAGAGGAAAACGCUUUAGCCGAGCAUAAAGAUGAUUGCUCGGACGAAAUCGACCAAAAUACAAGAGUGACGGAAGAUCUUCGUGAGGAACCAAAACAAAGCGCUAAUACUAGUAUCACAAAUUCGAGCUCAUGUCCAUUACCACUUUUUAAACUGAGUGCUGAAAGUCUUAAUGGCGUUGAGAAGGGAUUGGAAAACGGUGACAAAAAAUCUAUUGUAAAACAGAAAACUUGGCCAGGGAAUUCGAUUGAGUCGUCUGGAGUUAAAAGUGGAUCCACGGAAAUGAAAUUUAUACGUCGUGACCAAGGGGCCAAGAAUGAUCCGAUCAAAACAAACGAGAACAAAGACGAGGCAGACUCGGGCUCUCAGCCAUCAAAAACUCAUUUAAGUUUGAGCAGUAUGGAAAUUGGAAACAGCGAUCAAAAGGAGGGAAAUCCUCCUCGAUCGCCCUCGCCAUUUCGUCGUCUCUACCGUCAUGCAAACAAUGACCAUACAGUCGGAGAGAAAUUAGCUGCUACAUCAUCUGCCAUUUCGCUAUCUUCACUUCUCGCUGCUGCUGCUACAGAGGAUAACGACGCAGAAGGCGAAGAAGAAAACGAGGAAGUAGAAGAUUUUCAAGAUGCGAUGCCAGAGGUGCCUGGUGACUCGUUGCCUUUGGAAGAAGCAGUAGUUAAUUCAGAAGUGAAAAAUUCUGUGAAUUUGUCUAGCCUCGCAAGACCUAUGCAUGAACCAUCUUGUUCUUUCCUUUUGUUUUGCGUCCUCUUGUCCUAUAUUUAUUUGAUUUCUAACCCUCCAGUCUUUGUAAAUGGAAUGAUAGCUGGAUCAGUUAUUUGUUACUUAGUUGGAUGUCUGAUCCUCUUGGUAGUGUGCCCUGAGGACUCUUUUGAUGAACGAUUUCAACGCGAACUUGCCGAAUACAACAUGCAUCUUGCUCAUGAUCCAAAGCCCUCAUACASGUCUGUAGAUCCAGGAUUACUUCUGCGUCCACGAGGAAUGAAGGGAUGGAUGUUAAAAGCAUAUGAUUACGAUCCCAACAGUGUCAGUGAAACGAUGUUAGUUUAUGCACAACUGAGAGACAACAACCUCACCUUGUCGCUACCAAAACUAGAUAGCAGCUCAAGAAAGAUUGACAUCAAGACAGUUGAUGAGAACACUAAGCUGCCAUUUGCUCGUACAUAUCACUUUGACCUCACAGGAAGUAAUAUUUUUUUAACUCCACCAACUCUUUCACCAAAACGAAUAUGGAGCAAGAAGUAUCCUUUGUGUAUAGCCUUAGGAAAACCUGGAAAAGUGCAAGAGGAAGUGAAAGAACUUUCUGAAGAAAACUCAAGCAAACAAAAGUUGAAAGCUCAAAGUUCUUUAGAUGAUGUACAUGUGUUGUACCUGUUUGCCAAGACUGGACGACAGAAAGAGGAAUGGCACCAACAUUUUGAUAGGAUUUUAAACCCUAAAAAGAACAUUUCAGUUUCAGACAUUGAUAACUUACUGCGCCCAACGUCAUGCAGCUACCCACACUACAUGGCCAAAUUGCUACCCAAUCCUGACGUGGGCUUGCAGGAUUCACCAGAAGUUCAACUUUCCUGGGUCAAUAUGCUGUUUGGUAGGGUCUUCUGGGAUGUCUGGCAGGACCGAUACUGGGCAGAUAAAAUCAAACAGCGAUUUCAAAAUAAACUUAGUAAGCUACAUAAGCCACAGUUUAUCCGCGACAUUCACAUAACAGAUCUAACUCUUGGGCACACUUUUCCACUUAUCAACAAAGUGUCACUUCCAGUUUUAGAUGAGCAGGGCGUAUGGGUUGAUUUUGAUGUGACUUACAGCGGAGGAGUCGUUUUCACAGUCGAGACACACCUCAACAUUGAUGGCUACUUGAAACAUUUCCUGAACCUCGGGAAAGAAAACAGGGAUUCCACAGGAGAUUUAGACAUGGCAGGGCUUACACUGAAGUAUGAAAUGCUGGACAAGGAAGAAAUUCUUAAAGAUAUGAAUGAGCCCAGGAGAGAUAUUGGCAGUUGCACUAAUAAUGAUGAUGAUGAUGAUGAAUCUCUCACAUCAGAGAGCCCACCAGAGAGUGAUUCUGAUUUUGAGUCUCCAGAGUCUGACUUUGAGGAUUUACUAAGUAAGCCAAAUGUCAGUGGGUCAACAGAAACAGUAUUAGAGUCGAGCUCAUAUGCCAAAGAAGCGCUCUUGCAGUUAAAGUCCCUAGAAGGAUUCCUGGAGAAUCAAAUAGCAGAAGAAGAAAUGCAAUUUUUAGAUGUGGACGAUAUUCCACCACAACUCCGACUGUCACAGGAAUCAUUGUCAAAUGUGGAAAGUAUUUCAAACUCUGAGAGAAAUAGCCCAGUGCAGAAGCAAAGUUCAGGUGAAGAUUCAGAAAAAUCGUUGCAUCUUUCCCCUCCAUCAACUCCAAAAAUGAACAAGGCACGUGACACCUCUCAUGCAAGUAGCUUUGUCUCAAACUCUGAGAGAAACAGCCCGGUGCAGAAGCAAAGUUCAGGUGAAGAUUCAGAAAAAUUGUCCAGUGCUUCUGCUCCAUCAACCCCAAAGACAAACAAGGCAGCUGUCACUCACCAUGCAAGUAGCCCAGUAAGACAAGGAUCAAGCAAACCAACCGGAACAAGAAAAAAGUUGAUUGGAGUAUUAGAGAGACUUGCCAAAUCCAAAUGGGUCAAAAAGGCUGCUGAAACCAAGAUUGUUAAGACAGCAGCAGAAAAGUUCUCAAACUUGCCUAUUAUUCUAUCAGUGGAAGUGCAGUCUGUCAAAGGGACUUUGACACUGAAUAUCCCACCACCACCAACAAACAGACUUUGGUAUGGCUUUCGUGGUAACCCUAUGCUAUUUGUUACUGCACGACCAAAACUUGGUGCUCGACAAGUGAAACUUACUCAUGUUACUGAUUGGAUAGAGAGAAAGCUGAAGCAGGAAUUUAAGAACAUGUUUGUCCUUCCCAACAUGGAAGACAUACCAAUCAAGAUCAUGAACAGUGAUGUAGAGAAGCAGUUUUCAGACAAUUAAUUAAAGUACAAGUAAAUGUACAGUUUUAGUUCAAUCGGAAUACUUAAGAUACUAAAUUAUGAUAUUAUUAAGACACACCUAGAGCAAAUUUAUUAUGAGUGGUAAAUAGCCCAGUUUUGAAAAUGAACAAUUAAGAUUAUGAUUGGCCUUCUGAACUACAAAAAAAAAAAAAAAAAUUUCAAAUUUU